GCGACAAAAAAUACUGAAUACCAUUUUUCCUGUUUAUAACCCACAUGGGAGUUUCCUAGGUGACUUGCGAAAACGACAAGUCUGAUAUUGCAAUGAACUCGUGUGGGCUGAUCGAUUAAAUCAACGAUCGAAUGUAUCUUUGAAAUCAUUGAAAUCAUCUUGAGUAUUGAAAAUCAUUAUAAAUCAAAUCUGUGUGGAAGAUGAGUGAUUAAAUGUUUAUCGGGGAGAUGAUGCCAGAGAGAGUGAUAUUUUAUAGGAUAAUCCAUUAACAUGAAAGAGUGCAAUAAACUUGGAACAUGCCAUUCUCCCCCUGAUCUUAUUCACUAUAUCGUGUACAACUAGAAUUCAUCCCUGAUCAUCUAAUGUCAAUUGAUUUCAAAUUUACGAUGUCACAUAUUGACGCCAUUGCCACUGAACAAAAUGAAACUGUCCAAUAAAAUAAAACCUCACGAAUUGCAAACAAAUUCCAGUGAAAAAAUCACUUCAAAGGGACAUGAGAUCAAUAGGGUGGAGGUGACCGUAGAAAAAUUGCAAGUGAACAGAUCCUGAGCGUCAAACAUAAACAAUAAGUAGUAGCAAAAUUCACUUGAGUAAAAUUCUUCCUUUCUUUUCCGACUGAAAUGAGUCAAAUAUUAUUUUCAAACUAAAACCCCCCACCUCUUUAAUUAAUUCCCAUCAACUCCCCAAAAAACCGAUCACUCCGAAUAUUUUACCAAUUCAUCUUCUGAAAACUAGAAAUUAAAUUCCAAUCAAUAACAGCCCUCUAAAUCCAUCAACCCUUUUCACAAAUUCAACCACUCCCCUCUCCUUCCUCUCAUUCCCAGUAAAAACAAAUCUAAUAAAUGUUAAUUUCCCAAGCCCUCAAAAUCCCCUACGAAGACUCGUGGUAAAAAAUUCUCAAAGCUUCACCUCCAGAAAACCUCGAAAUUAUUAUCAUCCUCUUUCCUGAAUCCUCGGAUUGCACGAUUCCAUGUUCCUCCUCCCCACCCCUUGGCAUGAAAAACCUCACGAAACCCCCGCAUGCGCACCCUCCUCUCCCCCCUCCGCCCCUCAAAAAGCGACAGAGAGAAUUUCAACAACACAAAGUGGUACAGAGCUCGCAAUCCCCCGCAGAUUGGCUCUCUCACUCGUUCCCCCAGGCGUUUUCAUCGCCGGCAAAAGACAGAGAGAUCUCAACUCGGCUUGCUCAUCGCGGGGGUGGGAAUAUAGUAGGGAUAAAUGUGGGCGUAACCUCAGCCGCGUGAAUAGGCGUGGCCAAGUGAUUCAACGUCGAAAAUCCCUGGUAACAAACCCAGUGGUUGUCUCCAUCUCUCUCCCCCCUCCUCCCCCCACUGCCGGCGUUUUUAUCCCAAGUGCGUUAUAACACAACUGCAGAAACCCCUCAGACGGGACUUUCGUUCCGUCAACAAAACGAGUGGUGGGGGCACAUGGUGGGCACUAUCAGAGGACCGUUAACAGCAGUCGACUGUCGAAGCGCACUCGCUAUCAACGUAUCCACCAAAAUUCAGCCCCAAUUGUGAUUUCCAGGGAGCAGUUGAUUUUUAUCUGAUAAAGGAAAAAAAAAAAGAAACGAACGAAACGUUGAUAUCAUUCACUGAGUUUAUGUUCCUCGUUUGGAUUUUGUUUGUUUAUGUUGUGAUGAUUACGAUUGUUUUGUUGAUAUAAUUUUUGGGGAGUUGUUCAGUGGCGACGCACAGUGUAUCUACGCGAUUGAUAAAAUCGUUGAUAGUGUCAGAUUGGAUUGUUGAUGUUUCAUGUGUUAAUGACAUUUUGAAGUUAGUAAUCAUGAUGGAGGUGCAGCAGCAGCACUCGCCGGUCGGCGUGGGACCCCUCGACUUCUCCCGUCGUGGAGUCGCUGAGGCAUCGGCAUUUCGCGUUGUCAAACCCAAACAAUCAAAUGCAAUGGCUCAUCAGACGGAGACUAAUAAUAAUGAGGGACAGGAGCACAGGAUCUCGGAAAGUGACAACUGCAAUGUUAGACUGAUGUUUCCAAGGCUGUGGGCACCUUUUGGAGGCAACGGUGAUGUCACUAAUCUUCCUUCAUUAGGCAAGAAUAACACAGAACGAUUAUCAUUCGGUGUUGGACGACUAGUAGGCUCCCCAUCAACAAGAAGUCCCUCUCCCUCUCCCUCCCUCGGUCCUUCCUCCCCCGUGACAGGACAGAGGGAUCAGGAGAUUGACGUUGACGGUGAAGAGGAUGAGGAAGAGGAUGAGGAGGUGGACGUUGACGUUGAGGAGGUUGGAGACGAGGAAUACCGAGAUAAUAAUACCUCCCCAAGGUCCAGUCACUCGACUCCAUCGCCAUCGCUGACCCAGGCCCCAUCGCCCAUGACACGUCCGCAGAGGAAAUCAGGUGACAGCUUCAGUGUGUCAGCGCUGUUGAGGCCAGAUCCACCAUCCAAUCGUAACACAUCACCAGUAUCACCUGAUCAGAAUCCAGUCGCCCAUCAACCCACACCUAGUAUCAGCCUGUAUCCACAUCUUCACCUGCAGGGUGGACUUCUACCACCCCAUCCACAUCAUCCACUGUCCUAUCUCCAUCCUCAGUUGCUUCCUCAUCAUUUAUUACCACCCCAUCUUCAUCCUCUUCUGCGAGGUGUACAUCCAGCACAUCCUGGAAUCCAUUCACCUCACACCCAUGGCCUCCAUCAUCCACAUCCUCUCGGCGAUGUCUACAGCUGCGUCAAGUGUGACAAAAUGUUUAGCACACCACAUGGGCUUGAGGUACACGCGCGAAGAUCACAUAAUGGUAAACGUCCGUUUGCCUGUGAACUCUGCAACAAAACAUUUGGUCAUGAAAUAAGUCUCACUCAGCAUCGUGCUGUGCACUCAGCUGAAAAAGUGUUCGAGUGCAAACAGUGCGGUAAGGCCUUCAAACGUUCGAGUACACUCAGCACUCAUCUACUCAUCCACUCAGACACACGACCCUAUCCCUGUCAGUUUUGUGGCAAACGUUUUCAUCAGAAGAGUGAUAUGAAGAAACAUACGUACAUCCACACCGGCGAGAAGCCCCAUAAAUGCCAAGUGUGUGGAAAAGCCUUCUCGCAGAGCAGUAAUUUGAUAACACACUCGAGAAAGCACACGGGUUUCAAACCCUUUGCCUGUGACCUCUGUGGUCGUGCAUUUCAGAGAAAAGUUGAUCUGAGAAGACACCGUGAGACCCAGCACGCUGAGCUCGGUGUUGCACCGACAGCAAAUGCACCGCAUCGUACCUCCAUCGGAACAAUUGCACCGAGUAAUCUCGUAACAGCCAAUUCCACGAUUUUGCAAUAGGUACUAGAGAGAUACAAUCAGUUAAAUUCAGUAUCGAAGUGGUAAAACUUAGCUUCAAUCAAAAACUUCAUGGCCAGUUAUGUAAUUAUUUAAUUAUUCCAAUAAAUGACGGUCACUUUAUUAACUUCGUGAAUUUUUCACCAACGUCUAAAAGCCUUUUUUUAACCGACAAAUGUAUCUGCAAAAAUAAUGAAUUAUCUGCGUUACGAUUUACCACUUCGCCCUUGAAUUGAUGAGAUGUGAUACAUCCUGUGAGACUCCUACAUUUCUGACACUUCACCGCCGAAUUGUAUCUCUCUCCCCCUGACAAUGAAAAACUAAUAAGCAGUGUUUGUAAAUUAAACAUAACUACCCGCUUCUUUCGAUAACCAAAGAUUAGUUGUAUUUAAAUUGUGCAUUAUAUUUUUUCCGUUUCACGUUGACAAAUCGUGCUGUAAUAUAUUUGCGUAAUUACUCGAUUGAUUAAAGAAUUUAAGAACGAUUAAUCACUAGGAUUAUAAGCAACAGAAAGAAAAAAUAUUGAACAUUCAAUUGAAGUCAAAGAAGUGUUGUAAAUAUCAUUGAAGUCAGAGGAUUCAUUUUAGGAGAAAAAAAACAAAAUUAGACGCGUCUGUGUAUAAUUUAAGAAUUAAUUAUAUUAAUUAUUAUUGAAUGAGAAUAUAUAAAUAUAAAUAUGUUGCCAGUGAAAAUAAAAAUGGUGAUCCAAACAAUUUGUGAAAUCAUCGACAAAAAUCAGAAUGCAAUUCCAUUCUCUAACAAGUGAUGAAACCAAGUCUUCUCAAUUCUAAUUGUUUUAUUGAUUAUUAUGUAAUUAUUGUAAUUAGCCCUCGAAUCCUCCCACCUGUCUCCCACCCGCUAUUAACAUUAUUGUCAUUAUUAUUAAUAAUAAACGCUG